AUGGUACGAGUUGCGCUCGAUAUAGACGGCUGGGAGUCUCCAGCGGUACUAUACGUAGUGCCAGGCCUUAGCCGAGAUGCAAUACUAGGCCUACCGUGGAUAGAACACCGCGGUGUCGACCUGCACGCAGCCGAACGCCGCCUUACAAUUGGAGCGGCAGGGGGCCAGGUGGUACAAGCAGCAGAUACGCGGCCGCAGCGCGGUAGCUACAACCUCGAGAUCGCAACUGUUUCGUCUGUUAUGGCCGAACCGGAGAGCCAAGCGGUAGUUACCAACUUAAUGGAGAUCUCGGCAGCACUCCGCCAAGUAGCACCGAGCCCCGAGCCCAGCGGGACGGAGGGACACCUGCCCGCCUACCUAAAGGAGUUUGCCGACUUAUUCGAUAAGGCGCAGGCCUCCGGCCUUCCUCCGCACCGGGGACUGAGGGACCACCACAUCAAGCUGCAAACCGGGCCCAACGGGGAACCCCCAGAGCUGCCGUGGGGACCAUUGUACAAUAUGCCACGGGACCAGUUGUUGGAGGUACGACAGCAGAUUACCGAAUUGUUGGACAAAGGGUGGAUACGUACCAGCUCCUCAGCGGCAGCGGCACCGAUCCUCCUAACCAAGAAACCGGGGGGGGGUUGGCGCCUUUGCGUAGAUUACCGCGCACUGAACAAGAUUACGAUACAGGAUAGGUAUCCCCUACCGCUAAUAAAGGAAACGUUGCGCUCCCUGUCAGGAUCCCGCUGGUUUACGAAACUCGACGUACGGGCGGCCUUCCAUAAGAUCCGUAUUGCGCCCGGCAGCGAGCACCUUACGGCAUUCCGCACCCGCUUCGGCUUAUUUGAAUGGCUGGUCUGCCCGUUCGGACUUGCAGGCGCUCCCGCAAUAUUCCAGCGUUACAUCAACGGGGUACUCGGAACUAAUUUAGGUAACUUCGUAACGGCCUUUCUGGACGAUAUCUUAGUGUACACAAGCGGCUCCAAGGCGGACCAUAUUCGGAAGGUAAAAGGGGUACUUCAACGCCUACGUGAAGUAGGUCUAUACUUGGACCUAGACAAGUGCGCCUUUGCAGUUAAGGAAGUCAAGUACCUGGGCUAUAUUGUUCAGGCGGGAGUGGAAAUCCGGACCGACCCAGCAAAGAUAGCCGCUAUCCGCAACUGGGAGGCACCAAGGACCGUCCGAGGGUUCGCGGAAUUAACAGCGCCCCUAUCCCAGCUUACUUGCAAGGGGCAGCCGUUCCGCUGGACUACCGACGAGGACAAUGCGUUCGAAGAACUAAAGCGACUAUUUAUAUCGCACCCGAUCCUGGCACAAUGGGAUGCAGAGAGACCAACGUUCGUAGAGGCAGAUUGUUCCGGUACGGCUUUGGGAGGAUGCCUAUUACAGGUGGACGAGAAAGGCAUCCUGCGCCCGGUCGCAUACCAUUCGGCAAAAUUAACGGCCGCAGAGCGCAAUUAUACAAUCCACGACAAGGAGCUCUUGGCUGUAGUGCGCUGCCUCGAGGCAUGGCAGGCAGACCUGCGAGGGGUGUCCGCACCGUUUACGGUUCUAACCGACCACAAGAACCUGGAAUACUUUACCCGACCGCGGGAAAUCUCGGAGCGCCAGGCACGGUGGGCUGAGAAGCUCUCGCAGUUUAACUUUCAUUUACAGUACAGGCCGGGAUCUUAA